AUGUUCACAGCAACGUUUUCCAAAAUGUCGCUGCAGUUUCUCCGUGUAUUUGUAAUAAUGAAUGGAGUAUUUCGCGUGGAAACGUUCCGUUAUUUUUACCACGACUGCAGCUCCGCUUCAAACUGUUAUAUGGAAAAGUAUUGCUGUCCUGACGAGACUGGCAGAAGGAGAUGUAGCGAGACAUGUCAUUGUAAUUCUGACGAUGACUGUGUUUCACAGCAUUGUUGCAAUCCUUAUAGUGAAUGCGCGGAGUCUGGCUGCGCAAUGGAACUUGAAAUUCCCAAGUUGCUAAUUGGUGGAAUCAUUAUAUCGAUAAUAUUGCUUCUGCUUAUCUUGUUUUGGUGUUAUUGGCGAAGAAAAGGUCGGUGGUGCAAUAGAUCUCGAUCGAAUCGAAAUUCACAACGGGACACAGUGCGUUCAGGCAAUAAUCAUGAAAGAGGACAAAGAAUCUAUCAUGAAAUACCAACCCAGACGCCAGUCGUUCCAAAUAAUGGCUUGAGCGUAUCUCCAGAUGAAACACAAGGGCAAAUCUAUAAUCCACUCCACACUGUCAACGAUAAUGAGUUCAUCGAAUUGAAUUUACGAGUCCUACAUCUUGAUGCAGAGCUCGAUGAUGAUGAUGUCGAAGCCGACACUCCCCCGCCAUCGUAUACUCUGAAUGAUCCAUUAUCUUCGAACGAGUUCGGUAGAAACAUUGCUGGUAAUCUGGAUGUACCGCCCCCACCGUAUUCAGUUGAUGAGCAGACUGUUUCCACAGAGCCUAAUAAUGAUCCACCUCCGAGCUAUCAAAUUACACAACUGUAG